CGCAAAACCCGGAGGCGCGCACGCAAAGCCCGGAGGCGCGCGCGCGACCGGCGGCUCUUUGGCGCGGAACAGGGGAACGCGGCGAGGGAAUCAUCAAGUUUUGGUGUAUGUGUUGGCUGGUUCUGAAGUCUUGAAGCUCUGCACUGAGGAAGACCAAAGCAGCACUUGUUGCCAGUUAGGGAAUGGACCGUUUGGGUUCCUUUAGGAAUGAUCCCUCUGAUAAGCCACCCUGCCGAGGCUGCUCCACCUACCUCAUGGAGCCUUAUAUCAAGUGUGCUGAAUGUGGGCCACCUCCUUUUUUACUCUGCUUGCAGUGUUUCACUCGAGGGUUUGAGUACAAGAAACAUCAAAGCGAUCAUACUUAUGAAAUAAUGACCUCAGAUUUUCCUGUCCUUGAUCCCAGCUGGACUGCUCAAGAAGAAAUGGCCCUUUUAGAAGCUGUGAUGGACUGUGGCUUUGGAAAUUGGCAGGAUGUAGCCAAUCAGAUGUGCACCAAGACCAAGGAGGAGUGUGAGAAGCACUAUAUGAAACAUUUCAUCAAUAACCCUCUGUUUGCGUCUACCCUUCUGAACCUGAAACAAGCAGAGGAAGCAAAAACUGCUGACACAGCCAUUCCAUUUCACUCUACAGAUGACCCUCCCCGACCGACCUUUGACUCCUUGCUUUCUCGGGACAUGGCCGGGUACAUGCCAGCUCGAGCAGAUUUCAUUGAGGAAUUUGACAAUUAUGCAGAAUGGGACUUGAGAGACAUUGAUUUUGUUGAAGAUGACUCGGACAUUUUACAUGCUCUGAAGAUGGCUGUGGUAGAUAUCUAUCAUUCCAGGUUAAAGGAGAGACAAAGAAGAAAAAAAAUUAUAAGAGACCAUGGAUUGAUCAACCUUAGAAAGUUUCAGUUAAUGGAACGGCGGUAUCCCAAGGAGGUCCAGGACCUUUAUGAAACAAUGAGGCGAUUUGCAAGAAUUGUGGGGCCAGUGGAACAUGACAAAUUCAUUGAAAGCCAUGCAUUGGAAUUUGAACUCCGAAGGGAAAUCAAGAGGCUCCAAGAAUAUAGGACAGCAGGCAUUACCAAUUUUUGUAGUGCCAGAACCUACGAUCACCUCAAGAAGACGCGGGAGGAAGAGCGCCUUAAACGCACCAUGCUCUCCGAAGUCCUCCAGCACAUCCAAGACAGCAGUGCUUGCCGGCAGUGGCUCCGCCGGCAAGCUGACAUUGAUUCCGGCCUGAGUCCUUCCCUUCCAGUGGCUUCAAAUUCAGGUAGACGGAGUGCACCACCCUUGAACCUCACAGGCCUCCCUGGCACAGAGAAGCUGAAUGAAAAAGAAAAGGAGCUCUGUCAGAUGGUGAGGUUGGUCCCUGGAGCCUAUUUAGAAUACAAAUCUGCUCUCUUGAACGAAUGUAACAAGCAAGGAGGCUUAAGACUGGCACAGGCAAGAGCACUCAUCAAGAUAGAUGUGAACAAAACCCGGAAAAUCUAUGAUUUCCUCAUCCGCGAAGGAUACAUCACCAAAGGCUGAUGCUCUAAGGGCUUGGGAUCAGAAGUCAGAAGUUUGGAAUGUGGUGGGUCAAAGGACAGUGUGGGCAUUCUGGAGAGUUUUGUUUUUCAGCUGAAUUCUCAUUUUGCAAAGAGGGAAAAGGACAAAGGAAACCUUAAGUUGUGUAAAUUCUGCUUUCUUCUCCAUCCUGCUUUAAAACACUCCUGUUGCUGGUAUUGUGCUGCAGAGUUGUGUGCUAGAUAAGCUAUUAUUAAAUGUGAGUGGGCAUUCAUUCCUAACACCUCUUGUAACUAAAAGAACCAUAGUACCUCACAUCACAGUGCUGGUAGAAAUAGAACUAAACCACAGUCUUUAGUCCUGAGUCCGGCCCAGAUCCUUAUAUUGAGAGGUAAGUUUGCUGAUGAUCUGCUUUGCCUUCAAACACUGCAGACAGAUUUAAAUUGAAGAGAAAGGUUUUACAGC